AUGGCUUACAAGGUACAUGGCGGAGCGGAGCUCAGACCGGGAGUGGAGCUGAAACUGAGAGUGAUACCGACAAGUAGGAGCAUAGCUCAGACCGGGAGUGACACCGACACCAGAAGCGGAGCUCAGACCGGGAGUGACACCGACACCGGGAGUGGAAAUCAGAUCGGGAGUGACACCGACACCAGCAGCGGAGCUCAGACCGGGAGUGACACCGACACCAGAAGCGGAGCUCAGACCGGGAGUGACACCGACACCGGCAGUGUAAAUCAGAUCGGGGGUGACACCGACACCAGCAGCGGAGCUCAGACCGGGAGUCACACCGACACCGGGAGUGUAAAUCAGAUCGGGAGUGACACCGACACCAGAAGCGGAGCUCAGACCGGGAGUCACACCGACACCGGGAGUGUAAAUCAGAUUGGGAGUGACACCGACACCAGCAGCGGAGCUCAGACCGGGAGUGACACCGACACCGGGAGUGUAAAUCAGACCGGGAGUGACACCGACACCGGGAGUGUAAAUCAGAUCGGGAGUGACACCGACACCAGAAGCGGAGCUCAGACCGGGAGUGACACCGACACCGGGAGUGUAAAUCAGAUCGGGAGUGACACCGACACCAGAAGCGGAGCUCAGACCGGGAGUGACACCGGGAGCGGAGCUCAGACCGGGAGUGACACCAACACCGGGAGUGAUCCCAGGCUGAUACGCGGAUGA